CAAGAGUUGAGUCUGUGCUAGAUUGAGAAAGAACGCCAGCAUGGAUUUUAUCGAGGGCAGCAUUGGCAUCUACAGACCCCUUAUGAAGUUUUUUGACACUCCUGCAUAUAAACAAUCUCUGGCGACCUGCUGGAAUCUUGUCUCUUACAAGUUACAGAUUGGACUGUUGGCAGAACUUUUAAGACUUCAGCAGAAUAACCUGAUCCCAUCUGAGGUGACUGCUGAAGCAAUGGCUGACCUGCUGGUGGUGGAAACAAAGAAUUCACUUCGAAUAAAGCUUUGGGAGUUUGAAGUGGAAGACUGCUUUGAGGCUGAGUCCAAGCUGGUUUUUGAAGUGAACACCAGCAUGAAGAUGAGAGACAUUGAGUUUGAAGCCAGAAGGCUCCUCGACUCUGCUGAGAUGAUCCCUCCCCAGUUGAAACAUCCAAGGAUCCUCCGAAAAGCUGAUCAGUUUGCUGGGAACUUGAAGCAGCAGGAGGCCAACUAUGCUGAUGUACUCAGCCCACGUGAGAUGGUGAUAAAGGUUCUUCCAAAAGUCCUGCAGAUGUUUUGGUUGCCUCCACCAAGCCCCGCCUUUGCCAUGCCAUCCCGGUACCUCAGCAAAAUGGCUGUCGGAGUGACACAGGCUGUGGUGGACCGCGUCUCCCAGGCACUGUCCUGCGUCCAAAUCCAGUUCUCCUACUCCGUAAGAGACAAUUUGGUCCUGUCUAUCCAGGAAAAAGUGAGACAGGCUUUCACUGCGGAUGACCUGGUGGAGAGCAUUCACAGCUUUCAACCAGAGUUCUUAAAGACCAUCACAGAUGUCACAGUUGAAGAAAUCGGUGCAAUCUCUGCUCUUUUUGUAUCUGUCCCAUCUUCACCGUCUCGAGACCCUUCUUCAGAGACAGACUCACUGCCAGAUGAGGACGACUUGGUUGAGGAGCCAACUAAAGAAAAAGACUCAGUCGUCAAUGAAGGAGCUGUGGAUUUAUCGUCAGACCAAUUCCUUCCUUCAAGUAAAGAGAACGACAUGGGUGUUAAUUCAAUGAUGCUGUUGAUGCUGCUCAGUAAUGUCUCAAACUGGAUGAAAACGCUCUUUAUCAGAGAGUACAAACUAAGAUCAUAG